CUGUCGCAAAACAGAACUACAAAUUGUUUCAAGAACAACUCCGGCCUCCAGAUCAAGGAACGAGAUGGUGAUAAGCAAGACACGCCAAUUAUUCAACCGCAUGAAAUAUAUUAGGAAUAAUUUUAAAUAUAUUUCAACUCAAUAAUGAAAUGGAUGGUGAAUCAAUUAAGAAUUAGAAAGUUAAAAGGUAAUUUCCACCCAGCGAAAGUCGUCUCUUUAUCCAACCACCAUCGUCCACUUCCCUUCCCUGUCCGAGUUCCAGUUUUACUGACUUUUCAGAAAGGUAACCAUGCAAGAAAGAGAAGACUCGCUUCUACUUCAAAGAACUGCUCUUCGUGAAGUGAAGACCAAUAUCAAAGGCAUUCACGAUCCCCUUUCAAAGAAGGAUUGUUUGGCCACUGCUGCUGUGGUUCUAAGCACCAUGGUUGCCAUUUGUGGUUCUUUUGCUACCGGCUGUGCUACGGGUUAUUCGUCACCUGCGCAGUCUGGAAUCAUGGAAGAUCUGGGCAUGUCUGCGGCUGAUUACUCCAUUUUUGGUUCUGUCGUUACAAUUGGAGGAGUGAUUGGUGCAUUAGUAAAUGGAACUAUGGCAGAUCUCAUUGGUAGAAGACAUACAAUGUGGGUCUCUGAAAUUUUCUUCAUCAUCGGCUGGCUUGCAAUAGCAUCUGCACAGGACGCUUGGUUGCUGGAUGUUGGAAGGCUUUUAAUGGGAAUUGGAAUUGGGAUUACUCUUUAUGUGGUACCAGUGUACAUCGCAGAAAUAACACCUAAAGAUCUUCGUGGGCGAUUUACAGCUGCUAACCAGUUCAUGACAAGUUGUGGACUUUCUCUAAUGUAUUUUAUUGGGACUGUUGUUUCCUGGCGUACCUUAGCUCUAAUUGGGGUUCUUCCAUGUGUAUUGCAAGCUAUAGGAAUUUUCUUCAUUCCAGAGUCUCCUAGAUGGUUGGCAAAAGUUGGUCGAGAAAAAUGCUUAGAAGUGACCCUGCAAAGCCUCAGGGGAAAGAAUACUGAUAUUUCUCAAGAAGCAGCUAAUAUUAGUGACUAUACUAAGACCUUUGAAGGGCUUUCAGAAUCUAAGAUUUUAGAUUUAUUCCAAUUGAGAUAUGCUCAUUCUCUUAUUGUUGGCAUUGGAAUACUACUAUUUCAACAAUUUGGAGGGAUCAAUGCAAUUGCAUAUUAUGGCAGCUCCAUUUUCAAAAAAGCGGAUUUUUCCAUUAAUGUUGGGCUAAUAUCAAUGGCUAUCAUCCAGAUUCCAGCUACAGCUGCAUCGGUACUAUUAAUAGAUAAAUCUGGAAGGAAGCCACUUCUCAUGGUUUCUGCCUCUGGCAUGGGCAUAAGUUGCUUUCUUAUAGGAAUGGCAUUUUGCUUGCAGGACCUCCACAAAGCGAAAGAAAUCACUCCCUUGUUGGUUUAUAUUGGCAUAUUGGGAUAUAGCGUAGCAGUAUCAAUAGGCAUGGCUGGAUUACCAUGGGUUAUUAUUUCUGAGAUAUUCCCUAUAAACAUCAAGGGUACAGCUGGAAGCUUGGCUACAUUAAUCAAAUGGAUAUGCUCCUGGAUUGUUACAUAUACUUUCAAUUUUAUGAUGGAAUGGAGCUCAGCAGGAACUUUUUUCAUACUCUUUGCACUCUGCGGAUCUGCUGUUCUGUUCAUUGCGAAGGUGGUGCCGGAAACCAAGGGACGAAUGCUAGAAGAAUUACAAGCAUCGAUUAUUCACACAAGUGCUUGAGAGAUUAAUGUGAAACUCCAAAUUGAACAGGCGAGAGCUGGAAGCUCUCUCUCUAACACUUUUUGUCUUGAACUUUUACAACAACUUCAUAGUGUUUCUUUCUUCAGUUUCGUGGUAACUAAUUCUAAUCAAGAUAUGGGUAAGGAAAGUAUAGAAGAAGGAGAUACAUCGAGUCAUCUGCUUCUCAAAGAUAGACAUCAGAUACGUGGAGGAGAUCAUGGUGGUGUUGCAGGUGGGCAGAGUGGAGGUUCUUCAGUAAUAGCUACUGUGGUGGUGACUACUCUUAUCGCUGUUUCUGGUUCAUAUGUUUUUGGGUCAGCUAUAGGAUAUUCAUCACCCACUCAGUCUGGAAUAAUGGACGACCUUGGUCUCUCUGUUGCGGAGUACUCACUUUUCGGUUCUAUAUUGACAAUUGGAGCAAUGGUAGGUGCAAUAAUGAGUGGGAGAAUAGCAGAUUACAUUGGUCGAAGGGGUAUAAUGGGAUUUUCCGAAAUAUUCUGUAUCAUAGGAUGGCUUGCAAUAGCAUUCUCAAAGGCUUCUUGGUGGCUCGAUGUUGGAAGAAUGUUGGUAGGAUAUGGGAUGGGGCUUCUUUCUUAUGUGGUACCUGUAUUUAUAGCUGAAAUUACACCCAAGAAUCUACGAGGAGGAUUCACAACAGUUCAUCAGUUGAUGAUAUGUUGUGGUGUUUCAGUAACAUAUCUUAUUGGAGCUUUUGUGUCCUGGCGGAUUUUGGCGCUGGUUGGAACUAUUCCAUGUCUUGUUCAACUUCUUGGGCUAUUCUUCAUCCCAGAAUCUCCUAGAUGGUUGGCAAAAAAUGGACGAUGGAAAGAGUGCGAACUUGCUCUGCAGCAUCUUAGGGGGGAGAAUGCUGAUAUUUCUGAUGAAGCAGCUGAGAUUAGAGAUUACACGGAGACUCUUCAACGACAUUCUGAGGGUGGCAUAUUUGAAUUGUUCCAGUGGAAAUAUGCUCAUUCACUCAUUGUUGGAGUUGGCCUGAUGGUGCUGCAACAAUUUGGAGGGGUCAAUGGCAUUGCAUUUUAUGCAAGUUCUAUAUUUGUAGCAGCUGGUUUUUCUGGUAGUGUUGGGACUAUUGCUAUGGUGGUUGUCCAGAUUCCAAUGACAGCACUGGGAGUAAUCUUGAUGGAUAUAUCUGGGAGAAGACCACUUCUAAUGAUCUCUGCUGCUGGAACAUGCUUGGGUUGCUUUCUUGCAGCAUUGUCAUUUUUGUUGCAGGACCUUCAUAAAUGGACGGCAUUCUCCCCAUUUUUGGCACUUGUUGGUGUACUGAUAUACACUGGAUCAUUCUCAUUAGGUAUGGGAGGAAUCCCUUGGGUUAUAAUGUCUGAGGUUUUCCCUAUAAACAUGAAGGGCCCAGCUGGAAGUCUUGUGACACUUGUUAGUUGGUUAGGUUCUUGGAUUAUCUCCUAUGCUUUCAACUUUCUAAUGGAUUGGAGUUCAACAGGAACAUUCUUCAUAUUCUCAAGUAUAUGUGGCCUAACGGUUCUGUUUGUCGCAAAGCUGGUGCCGGAGACUAAGGGACGCACAUUGGAAGAAAUACAAGCGUCCUUGAAUCCGUUUGCAGCAAAGGCUUGAGUUUAGUAUUUCAGGCAAAUUUAGGACAAGAAACAUAUUUGGUGCUGUGUAAGCUGGACCAACUCAACUAGUUGCACCACUUAAUUUGCAGCCUGUGUUAUAAACUUAUAAUGACAGAAUACUAAAAUAAACAUUCAAUUUGCCGACGGGAUUGGUCUGAGUGGAAAUGAUUCAGCUUUUUAAAUAAAAGGUCAAGAGUCCGAUUAUUGUAAA